AUGCCCUCCGUCACCACGGUGACCCCGCGGGGCGCCCGCCACCUCGCGGGGAUCUGCAUCUGUAUCGGCCCUGCGCUGGCCGCGGCCGCCGCAGAGCCAGCGCGGCAGCUGCCGGCCACCUGCGAGGCGGCUGCCGUUGGAGGGGGCUGGGCCGGCGUCUACUCCGCCUACCGCCUCGCGGCCCUAGGAGUGCAGGUCUGUCUCUUCGAAGCCACCGAGCGAAUCGGCGGGCGCACCUACUCGCACCGCUUCGAGGUUGGCCACCGCCACGAGAACUUCACCCUGGACCUGGGCGCCUACCGCUUCUCGCCAGACAUGCACCUCCCGGGAGACAUCAUCCUGCGCAAUUUGCGCUUGCCAGUCUCCUGCUACGAGCCAGACUGUCCCGAUGCUUCCCUGGACUUCCCGCCGCCCUUCCACUUCAAUUACAGCGCACCCCUCGUUCGGAUCGUGGAUGGCGAUGGCAUGCCGGCAGGCUAUGUGACUGCGAUUGAUGGCAUGGUAGACGAGAUCAAGAAGGUUGGCGGCAGCGUCUUCCUGCACGCCCGACUCACAGACGUGGAGCCCAUGGAGGGCUCACGUUCGGUUCGGCUGCAUUUCGACGACCACGUUGUGGAGGUCCAGAAGGUGCUCUUGAACUUGCCACGCCAAGCGAUCCUCGGACUGCCCACGUUGCUGGCGGCGACGCCCCAGCGAACGGUGAAGAUGCAGGAGUGCGUGAAGUUCGACAUUCCAACCACCUUCUUUCCGCCAGGGGAGAAGUUCGACUUGGGACGCAGUUUGACGAAGGCGUAUGCCUUCUACGAAGAGGCAUGGUGGCACACAAGACUGAACAAGACUUCGGGGCAGUGGCCAUCCAACGCGUUCGUCCCCGUGAACACCUCAGUGGGCAUCCCCAUCGGCAUCCACUUCAAUGACGGCCCCGUCCGCUGUGAGGCCCCGGGCGUGGGAUGCCGUGGCUUCCUGGAGGUCUUCUACGCCCCCGCCUCCGAGACGUUCUUCGAGAGCCUGCGCCCCAGCCCCCUCGAGCCCCUCGGCCUGCUCCGCGAGGGCGGCGCUGGCACGGCGAAGCUGCAGCAGCUCCACGCGGCGAUCCUGGAGGCCACCGCGGAGCUCUGGGAGCGGGCCUCGGUGGCCAGGCCCACUGCGCCCCCCACGCUGCUGGCGGUCGGCGUCUGGAGCCGCGAAGGACACGGAUACACGGCACCGACCAAGGUCUACUACAGCACCUCUGCCGCCGUGCCUGGCGGACCAGACCCCCUCGAGCGCGCCUGUGGUGUGCCGGGUCUCUCGGAGGCGGAGUACCGGCUCGCUGUGCUGGCGCCCCUGGCGUCCCACGACCUUCUCGUGGCGAACAACGACUGGGUCGCGCAGACCACGGAGACGCUGUUCGGGGACUGGGCGGAGGAGAGCCUGCUCCAGGCCGAGAGGGGCCUCAGGUUGCAGGGUUUCUCCGCCCCGGGCUGGCUGGACGCGGCGUACUACCGGGCAAAGGUUGCGGACGUGCUCGCGUCGGACCUCGGCCUCCGCGCUGGCGGCAGAGGCCCCGUGACUCAGGUUCUGGUGUGA